AAUGUCUAUUCCAAUAAUUGAAGAUUCAGGAACAGGGUAUAUAUUGAAUCUUUGUUAGAUAUUUGAAGAUAGGAUUUGCAGGUGAUAACUUCCCAGCUCAUUCAUUCCCAGCUAUGGUAGGAAGACCAACACUUAGAGCAGAUGAAUAAUUGGAUGAUGCCAACUUAAAAGUACAAAGAAAUAAUCAUAGUUUUAGGAUAUAAUGAUAGGAGAUGAAGCUUAGCCAUAUAGAGGAUUAUUAGAAUUAACUCAUCCCUUAGAAGAAGGAGUGGUUAAAAAUUGGGAUGAUAUGGAAUUAAUUUGGAAUUAUGGUUAUAAGAAAGUAAGAAGAUUAUAAUAAUUAUUAUUAAGUUAGGCAUUGAUCCCAAAGAUUAAACAGUAUUGAUGACAGAAGCAGCUGGAAAUCCAAAAAAAAAUAGAGAAAAAAUGGCAGAAAUAAAGUUUGAGAAAUUUGGAUUUGCUUAACUCAACGUAGGAAUAUAGGCUUUGCUUCCCUUAUUUGCAGAAGGGUUGAGAACAGCUUUAUUACUUGAUGCAGGAGAUGGUGUUACACAUUGUAUGCCUGUAUAUGAUGGAUUUUGUUUGAAUCAAGGAGCUUAGAGAAUGAAUAUUGCAGGAAGACAUGUUACAGAUUAACUAGUCAAAUUAUUAUUCUAAAGAGGAUAUGCCUUUAAUUCUUCAGCUGAUUUUGAAUUAGUAAGAGAAAUCAAAGAAGCUUUAUGUUUUGUAAGUUCUGAUAUCAGAAUGGAUACUAAAUUAGCAUAAGAGACAACUUGUCAUGAGAGUACAUUCAGAUUACCUGAUGGAGGAAAAGUGAAGAUUGGUCAAGAAAGAUAUAUGGCUCCAGAGAUUUUAUUUUCUCCAUGGUUACUUGGAAAAGAUGCACCUGGAUGUGCUGAUAUUGUAUUUAAUGCCAUCUAAGUAAUUAAUAUUUUAUAUUAUAUAAUAGAAAUCUCCUAUUGAUUCAAGGAAAGUAUUCUAUGAAAAUAUACUUAUAAGUGGAGGUACUACUAUGUUCCCAGGAUUUCCAACUAGAUUAUAGAAUUAAUUAAGAUCAAUUUUUGAAGAAACUGUAUUAAAAGGCAAUACUGCAUAUGCUGCUAGUUCUAAGAUUAAAAUUAAAGUUUUGGUACUUAUUUCAAUUUCAAUAUUCGUCUUUAGGAUCCAGCAAGAAGAAAAUAUAAUGUGUUCAUAGGUGCUUCUUUCCUAUCAAAUGUAAUGAAGGAUAAAAAAAAUUUCUGGAUCUCCAAAUAAGAUUGGACAGAAUUAGGAGCAGAAAGAGCCAUGAUGAAAGUUAUGGAAUCUUUAUUAUGAA